UGGGUUUGGCCGAAUGGGUGUCAGGCUGAAGCAAAUUUUUGAGGAAGAGUUACGGAAAAUCUCCAAAAUUGCAGAAGUGUUCAAACCUGAAAUACAUAAGGGAAAUGACAAAGCCAAACAGAAAAAUGUAUACAGGUUUGUGUGUCCAUAUGCUGGUCAGUUUCGUUGCAGUCUGACCAACCUCGUGUUUGUGAUGGAGGGUGAAGGAGAGGUGCUUUAUAACACUGUCUCAUGGGAUUCUCACCUGUUAGAACGUUUGGGCUGUGUUAUGCAGCCUGCAGGACCCUUGUACAACAUUAACUGUUUUAAUGGUUCAAUCUCAGGACUGCACCUUCCACACUGUGAAAUAUUCUCAGAGGAAGACAUGGAUUGUUUAGCUGUAGCACAUUACACUGGUGGUAAUAUACCAAUAAUAGAUCCGCUUAAAGUGACUGAAGCUUAUGUGAUGAUUGACAUCAAAGAUCUCUCCAUCUUUGGGCUCAUAAAAAGGAUGAUCUUUCCUCCUUCCCCUGUCGUUGCCCAAGUACUUGUCUUUCUGCGACCAAUAACUGUGAGACAGGAAGAAAACAUACUGGAUGUCCAUUUGCUUCCAUGGAAUGUUCCACUGUCAGAGGUCAAGGACCAGCAUGCGGAGAAUACAUAUAUUAACACCAGUUCAAAGUGUUUUCUCAUCCCGGGAACACAAUACCGUCUGUGUUGUCAACCAAAGAGAUCUACAGUGCAGCCAGCGACUGAGGAGUUUGAUUUUAAUUUUGGUCCAAACUAUCAUCCCACAUUUGAAGUGUUUGUGAAUGUCAGAAAUAAGGAGGUCAAGCUGAGUCUAAUGGAUAACACUGAAGGAAGGGAAGUGUGGGUUACACGACGAGUCCUCACAGUAACAUCAGGCCAAGAUGUAGAACUCCCAGUUCACACACGGCUCACGGGAUCUGAAUUUGUGAACAAACACAGACGUCACCUCAUUCAGAAAGUUACAUCAGUGAUGGAGAUUGCUGAUGGUCUGUGUGCCAAAGGCAUGAUUACAACUGAAAUGUACAAUAAAGUUCAUGUUACAGAACCAUGCCAAAACAAAAUUAGAGUUUUGUGGAAAGCUCUUGACUCUGGAGGAGAUUCUGUAAAAGCAGAAUUCUACAGAUUGCUGAUGGAGAAAUAACCUCAUCUAGUAGAUGAUCUGGUUUCUGGACCCAAUAGUCCACAGUAAUGCUGAGACAACAUUAGAGAGGAACUUCAGUCAGUUUGAGACAUAAACGGCAGCUACAGCUCCUUUACAUGUAUAUAAGAAAGAUCCAGGUGCUUAUUUUAUGAAUUUAGUACAAGAUUUACAAAUGAUAUUUCUGGUAUGAAUCCCACAAGUUUGUGUCAAACCUUAUGAUCAUGUUCUUUAGCAUAAACUGAGAAUGAACCAAGUAGCAUCUUGUGCUUCAGUGGAAGCAAGAACAUCUGACCAUCUGUACAAUGUCAACAUGUGUAGGCUAUGUCGGCUGAUUUUGCCUAUUUUAAUGUAACUGAAAUGCAGCAUCUAAAAUAUUUCUUCAUUUAUGUCAUGCUUUCAUGUUUGUUUUCAAAAUUCUCAAACUGUAUCCAGAUUUACAUUUUAGGUUUAAUUUGAAUCCCUAUAUUUGGUGCUUAUUGUAUACGUUAAUGUACAGUAAUGUGCUAAUCGUUUACUCUGAUUGGAUUUGUUUAAUAUGAGGUAUGCAUGAUGCUGUUACUGUAUGACAUACGAGUCAGAAAGUCACUAUGAAUGUUUUCAUUUUAUAAUACUGUGGAAAAA